AUGUCCAGAUUAACCACCGUUUUGGGGAUUCUUUUGGUAGGUAUUCUCCUCUCUACUGAUUUGACGUCGUACGUCAAGAUAUAUUUGCACCCAAGCUCUGAUCCAAAAUGCCAAAUUUAUGACGCUUUGGCUCCACCUGGUUUCUACAAGGACAAUUCGACUGUGUUGAGAAUUUUGAAUGACCCGGAAUAUCGUCUCGAGUCUGUGGCCCGUCUCUCCGGCGCUGUUCAGGUUGACACUUCGGUCAAUGAUGAUUUCCUUGAUGUUUCUGAGGACCCUGAGACUUGGAAACGUUUCGAUAAAUUCGAGGCUUACUUGAAAGAGACAUUUCCUGCUGUUUUUGAGAACUCAGAGUUGACGAAGGUUAAUUCUCAUGGAAUCAUUUUGCAUUGGAAGGGUUCAGAUGAGUCGUUGAAGCCUCUUCUUCUCACAGCCCAUCAGGAUGUAGUUCCAGUGCAACAUGAAACAGUGGGCGAUUGGACAUACCCUCCAUUUUCCGGUCAUUAUGACGGCGAGUAUCUUUAUGGAAGAGGUUCUUUCGACUGUAAAAACUCCUUGAUCGCUGUAAUGGAGGCACUUGAGUUGUUGAUGGAAGGAGGGUACCAAAAUUCCCGUGGCGUGAUUGCUGCUUUUGGUUUCGAUGAAGAGAUUACUGGAAAUUUUGGUGCUAAGAACAUAGCAAAAGUGUUAGAACAGAAGUUUGGACCCGAUUCUAUGUACGCAAUCAUUGACGAAGGUCCCGGCCUUCUUGAAGACCCUAUCACGAAUACCUUGAUUGCUGUUCCAGGUACCGGUGAGAAGGGAUUGACUGAUUUGAAGGUGCAGCUCUUUAUGCCUGGCGGACAUUCAUCAAUGCCUCCAGAUCAUGGUGCCAUUGGUAUCAUGGGUGAGUUGGCAAUGGAUAUUGAAAAUGACCCAUACCAGGCUAAAUUGACAGAAAAAAACCCUAUCCUCAAGUUUUUACAGUGUGUGGCAGCAGCUGGUGGUGACAAGAUGAGCACAAUGCAGAAAAAAGCUAUCCUUCGGGCCGAUUUCGAUACCUUUGCCAACAAGCUUGUUGUAGACUCCCUUUUGAAGAACAAGAUCACCAGGAAUUUGGUUAGAACUUCGCAGGCUGUUGAUGUGAUUAGAGGAGGUGAGAAGAUCAAUGCAUUACCAGAAGAAGUCUCCUUGCUUGUCAACCAUAGAGUUUCAGUUGACACAACUUACGAGCAAGUGGCAGAACACUUUGCGUCAAGAGUACACAGACUUGCUAUUAAGUACAAUUUGAAUGUGACUGAGUUUGGAACCCAGACUUACACAGCAAAGAAUGCCGCAGGUGCGUUCUUUGUAACAAAGUUGCGUAACAGAAUUGAAGUUGCACCAGUCACUCCAUCAACUGGAAAAGUAUGGGAGUACUUGGCAGGUUCUACUCGUCAUGUUUUCGAACACUUAGUCUUGAACAACACCAUUGGGUAUCCAAUUGUGACUGCUCCAGCAAUGAUGCCUGCCAACACAGACACAAGAUACUACUGGGCUUUGACUCGUCAUAUCUUCCGUUUCGCUCCAAUGAUCGUAAGACUCGACCACUGUAACGUCCACAGUGUCAACGAGAAAAUCCCAUUUGACGGCCAUUUGCAGUUGACUGCUUGGUACUACCAGUAUAUCCAGAACGUUGACACAAAGGAUGCAGACGAGUAA